UUCCCCUCAUUUUCUCUCUCACCAAACACCCUUUUCCACUGUAUAUAUACUCGUCUCUAAUAAUAUUUAUAUCUAUAGAGAGAGAGAGAGUCUCCCAAACAGUUUAUCAUUCUCCUCUUAGCUUCUCCAAGAAAUCUAUCGACAAAGAAACGAGAAAAGGAAAAAGAAAGAUCUGAGGAGAGAAGGAUUUUCCGAGAAAAUGGGUUCGCUUCCGCCGGAGCUGAGCUUGGAUAUCACAGCGACGUUUGUUCCGAGGACGAUCGGCGAUUUCCUCAGGGAGGUUUCGGCGAUCGGAAAUGCGAGCGAGAGGGCUUCGAAGCUUGACGAUUUCGGGAAGAGAUUGGAGGACGAAAUGAGGAAGAUCGACGCCUUCAAACGCGAGCUUCCUCUCUGCAUGCUCUUGCUUAAUGACGCUAUUGAAGCUCUGAAGAAAGAAUCGUUGCAAUGCGCGACGCAGAAUGCUCAGCCAGUGCUCGAGGAAUUCAUACCAUUGAAGAAGGACUGCGAAGAGCACGAAGAACUUGACAAGAAUAUUGAUAAUAAUGAGAAGAAAGAUAAUGACUGUAAUAAAGACAAGAAAAACUGGAUGAGCUCUGUUCAGCUUUGGAACACGGAUGAUGAUGAUCCAAAGAAAAAUUCCAAGACCCAAACUAAGAUAAAUGAAAAAGGUUACCCCUUGGAAACUGAGGAUCCAUUUCAUAAGAGGGCCUUUGUGGCGUUUAAGCCUUACUCUGCUUUUCCUGUGGUGAGGAAGGAAGAGAAGAAAGAGUUUUCUGUUCAUGGGCUUUCUUUGCUCACUCCGGGGUUAAAGAAUCCCAAGGAGGAAUCGGUUUGUGGGGCCCAGAGAUCCAACUCUGGAAGAGCUGUUUCGUCUUCUCCUUCAAAUGCUCAAUCGAAUUUACGAACUGGGUCCGCUCAACAACAGUCUGCAAGGAAGCAGAGAAGGUGCUGGUCACCUGAGUUGCACAGGCGAUUCGUCAGUGCUUUACAGCAACUUGGUGGCUCACAAGUGGCGACUCCAAAGCAAAUUAGGGAACUGAUGCAGGUUGAUGGCCUGACCAAUGAUGAAGUGAAGAGUCAUUUGCAAAAAUACCGGCUUCACACAAGAAGACUUCCAUCAGCCACCUCUGCUCCUGCAAACCAAUCUGUUGUCGUUUUGGGGGGUUUGUGGAUGAACCAAGAUCAGUAUGGUGAUUCAUCAAAGGCUAGUAGUUCUCAGUCUGGUUCACCACAAGGUCCUUUCCAAUUAGCUGCAAAUGGUGGUGGGAAUCCCACUACAGGAGAGGACAGCAUGGAAGAUGAUGAAGAAUCUAAAUCUGAAGGGUAUAGCUGGAAAAGUCACCUCCAUAAACAAGGGAAAGUCGAUGUAUAGAGUUAUAUAUUUCGCCAUGAAUUUUGCAGAUAAAAUAUAUAUACAUGGGAGGAGUUAAAUGAAUAUAAGAAAUAACACAGGAAUACAUAUAAGUAAAGACAUUAUAAGUCCUGACUAAGAGCGAGAGAGAGAGAGAGAGAGAGAGAGAGAGAGAGGCUAUUAAUUUUGCAGGUUUAGUUUACUUUCCUUGUAUCUUGAAGAUGAGUUUCAUUUUUUUUUUCUUUUCUUUUGGCGGAAUUGGUAUAAAUACUUCCUCUUAGCAAUGACAUUUUAUU